GAUGAAUGAGUUUACCGUCUGACACAAACUUCAAUGUACACAUGGUGUUUUCUGUCAGUCUUGUUUUAUGAUAAACCCUAUAAAACUUGUCACAAGCAAGUUGGCCGCCAUUGGUAAAGACAACUAGAAAAUAAAUUUUAAUUGCUAAUAUGAGGGAAUUAUUUUUCAUGUAAAAUACUUUAAGUAUUAUUAAAAAGAACCGUUGUUCUCAAAUUUGGUUUGAUCGUUCUUGCUGCAGUGAAACCACCUUUUUUUUCCUUUUUGUCAGCUUUGCACAUCAUGUUUUCCCAAGACAUGACUAUUACUUUGGUUUCAUCUUAACAACAGUAACAGAGGAUUCGCUGUUUACUUCUGGGAGGGCUGGGCGUGGGAGGAAACCAGAGGACCGACGAGCACCAGAGGACUGAUUCUGUGUCACUGAUCUUGUUUUAAUCCAAAGUAAUGCUGGUUUUUGCUCGAGUUUUUGUUCUUUUGUUUUUGGCUAGAUGGAGUCUUGUUGUGUUCAAAUGGAGGAUUAUAAGUGUUUCCUAUCUACCAUGGUAAUCAGCAGGACUUCAGAUAGAAGAGGUCUUUUAUUUUGAGAGGUUUUAACCUGGAUGGAGAAAGGUAAUAGUAAACUAGAAACCAUCCUGAAGUUAUUCCAAAUGUAAUACCAGGUAAAAACCUUUCAACCUUUCUUUAUGGAUCUAUUGUGAGCAAAGAAAAGAAGUAAACUUUUUUAAUUAAAAGCUUUUUUGGAAACUUUCAACUGACGUGGAUAUUUCCUAGUAAAAUGGGAAACAUCACAUCGUUUUCUUGGAUUCUGGCAUCUCCUGCACUUUUUGUCACAAAUCAAAUGGAUUAUCUUCAGUGAUCGACAUGGCUCUGAACCGGGUCCCCACGAUGGACACGGAGCAGUCCGUGGAGUCCUCCGUGGAGUCCUCGGGCCAGGCUCCGGGUCGGAGCCACCGAGACGUGGCCGUCCUCCAGUCGGGCUGCUGCCGCUGCCUGCCCAGAUCCGUGCGCCUCACCUUCACGCCGGAGUCCCUGGAGAGACUUUACCAGAGCUACUUUCGGCGCCAGAGGGAGGAGAACCUGCUGGUGUUCGUGGCGUUUGCGGCGCUCUUCAACAGCUUCAUCAUCAUCAUGUGCGCCGUGGUGUACACCGAGGACAAACUGGCCAUGGUGGUGGCUGCAGCCGUGGGCCUGGCUGCAGAUGUUGUGCUCUUCCUGAUGUGCUGGUUCCGUAAACUCCCCGCGUCUCCCGUGGCCAGAGGAGGGGUCCCUUACCUGCUGUGGUUGAUGGUGACCGUUCAUGUUUUGUGCUACAUGGAACUGAACUUCCAGCGGUUCUUGGGCGCCAGUGACUCGGUGGGCUGGCAGGCUUUCUUUAGUUUCUGCAGUUUCCUGACCUUACCUCUGAACCUGCUGCCCCUGGUUCUGCUGGCAGCCCUGUCCUGUGGGAUACACACGCUGGUUCUGGGGGUGACUGUGGCUCAGGGGUUUGUGGAUCAUCUGCAGGGGCCCAUUCUGGUGAGACAGCUCUUUGCCAACGUGAUGCUGUACCUGUGUGCAGCCAUCGUGGGGGUGAUGUCGUUCUACAUGGCAGACAGGAAGUACCGCACGGCGUUUUUGGAAGCUCGUCAGUCUCUGCAGGUGAAACUGACUCUGGAGGAGCAGAGCACCCAGCAGGAGGAGCUGCUACUGUCUAUCCUACCAAAACAUAUAGCCGACGAGAUGCUGCAGGGCAUGAAGAACCAGGCCAACCAGAAUGAAGUUCAACAGCAGCAGCAGUUCAACACCAUGUACAUGUACCGCCAUGAAAACGUCAGUAUCCUGUUUGCAGACAUUGUAGGAUUCACCCAGUUAUCCUCGGCCUGUAGCGCCCAGGAGCUUGUCAAGCUGCUUAACGAACUGUUUGCUCGUUUUGACAAACUGGCAGCUCAACAUCACCAGCUGAGGAUUAAGAUUCUUGGAGACUGCUACUACUGCAUCUGUGGUCUGCCUGAUUUCAGGGAGGACCACGCUGCGUGCUCUAUAAGAAUGGGCCUUGCCAUGGUAGAAGCCAUCUCGUAUGUGCGGGAAAAGACAAAAACGGACGUGGACAUGCGAGUCGGCGUUCACACCGGCACUGUGCUCGGAGGAGUGCUCGGACAGAAGCGCUGGCAGUUUGAUGUCUGGUCCACAGACGUCACUGUGGCCAAUAAGAUGGAGUCUGGAGGAAUCCCAGGGAGGGUGCAUGUUUCUCAGACAACCAAGGACAGCCUGCACGGAGAAUUCGAGCUGGAGCCGGGUAACGGCGGCGAGAGGUGUGAGUACCUGCUGGAGAAAGGCAUCGAAACGUACCUGGUUCUCACAUCCAAACAGGAAGCAAACGGACUUAAUGGAAAAGCACCAGGCACUCUGAUGAACAAAUGUUCAAAUCAGUUGAUCAACACCACAUCACCCAAGGCCAAUGCAGUCCCGCCCCAGUCUAUGCUGUCCAAUUCUAAACAGGAGAGAAACAAGAUGACUGAAGAACAAACGAUCAAUGAUCGGCUGCAGCAGGAGCUUCUGGACAGAGAAUCGCAGCAAAUAAUGAAGGACCACAAAAUCAACCCUGUUUCUCUGCGUUUCGUGGAUGGAAAGCUGGAAGAGCACUACUCCUCAGAAAAGGAGAAACGAAGCGGAGCUGCCUUCAGCUGCUGCAUCAUCGUGCUCUUUUUCAUCACAGCCAUGGAGAUGUUCAUAGACCCGUUGUUAGUUGUGAACUACGUGACUUUUGCAGUUGGACAGGUGUUGCUGCUAAUCCUCACUGUUUGCUCCCUGGCUGCUAUCUUUCCCAGGAUGUUCUCCAAGAGGUUGGUGUCUUUCUCAAUGUGGAUCGAUCGCACUCGGUGGGCAAGAAACACCUGGGCCAUGGCGGCCAUUUUUGUCCUAACCAUGGCUGUUACAGCUGACAUGUUAAGCUGUGUCCCACCGUCACUCCGGGUCUUCAACAGCACCUUUGGCUACAUGCUGGAGUCACUUGGUAACAAAGACUGUGCAGAAUAUCCAAAGUAUUACAGCUUCAUGGCUGUGAUGUCCCUCAUCGCCGUCGCCAUGUUGGUACAGGUCAGCCACCUGAUUAAAUUAGGCCUCAUGGUGCUGGUCGUCACCGCAACCGGAGCCGUUAACAUCUACAGCUGGCGACAUAUAUAUGACCUGUACGACUACAUACAGUUUGCUUCUUACAGGUCAGUCAUGAUCCCAUCAAAGUAUCUCAUGACGGUGAUGAUUAUCGUCAUGAUGAUCGGAUUUUAUUUCUUCGCUCGGCAUUUGGAGCGUCAGUCCCGGAAGCUCUUCCUUUGGAAGGUUGGCGUGCACGACCAGAAGGAGAGGGURUUUGAGAUGAGACGCUGGAACGAAGCGCUGGUCACCAACAUGCUGCCAGAACACGUGGCGAAACACUUCCUGGGCUCAAAGAAAAGAGACGAGGAGCUGUACAGCCAGUCUUACGAUGAAAUAGGCGUGAUGUUUGCUUCCAUCCCGAACUUUUCCGACUUCUACACUGAGGAGGGCAUCAACAACGGAGGCAUCGAGUGUCUCAGGAUUCUCAAUGAGAUCAUCUCAGACUUUGACACGUUAUUAGACCGAGACGAGUUCCGGUGCAUCACCAAGAUCAAGACGAUAGGAAGCACCUACAUGGCUGCCUCAGGACUCACACCUGAGAGCAACUCUAAUAGAUACGGCAACAGUAAGCCAGAAGACCAGUCUCUGAUUCAGCGUUGGCAACACCUCUCUGACUUGGCAGACUUUGCCUUGGCCAUGAAAGUGACGCUGGACAACCUCAACAAACAGUCCUUCAACAACUUCAUGCUCCGCAUUGGUUUGAAUAAAGGAGGCGUUCUGGCCGGAGUGAUUGGAGCUCGUAAGCCUCAUUAUGACAUCUGGGGCAACACGGUGAAUGUGGCCAGCAGGAUGGAGUCGACUGGAGUGAUGGGGAACAUCCAGGUGGUGGAGGACUGCUAUGACAUCCUGAAGGAAUACGGCUUCCGCUUCAUUCGAAGAGGGCCCAUUUUUGUCAAAGGAAAAGGAGAACUACUUACUUUUUUCAUGAAAGGAAAAGACAAAUCCAGCUCCAAUGGGGGUCCAGGAAAAACAGCUCUUCCACACCAAGUCGAAAACCAUUCCUGAUUAUUUUUUUUAAUCUGAUGAACUGACUAACACACAAUAGCCCAAAGGAGAUUGUUUAUUGUGCUCAUUUCUCUCAUACACAGUUAAAAAAAUCAGUUUUAUUAAAGUCGUAGUCAUUGUGGAUAUAGAACAUAAGAGCAAACUUUAUUGUGUAAAGUUGUAUAUAAUUCUGUCAUAUCUCACAACAUACCUGCAUUAAAGAUUUAUUAUGUGA